AUGCGCUACACUACCUUGAGCGCGAACCGGGCCGAUAGUGUUCGAUGGUACUGGCGAACCUUAGCUAUAUGUGCUGCGUGCCUCAUUCUUGGGGGCUUUCUUGUGGUUCCCUCUGCAUUUGAUACGCAACCACAAUUGCGUGUAUCGCAGACAAUCUUGGGUGGCUUCGGGGUCGGCCUGCUGGCUCUUGGCUUCUCCCUAGCCGCGCUUGCGUCCUUCUGCAGUCGCAGCUGGGCCUUUAGUGCCGAAUACGUCUUUGUGCCAUGUAUCUUUGCAUGUCUUAUCGGCUUUCUCAAUGUGCCAUACUGCUUCAGUAUCAGCACUCGCUUCAAGUGGAACUCAAUAGCCAUGACUACCACGAUUGGGGCAGCUGCAGCGGCAUUUGUCUUCACAGCCCUUUACGUUUUCGCUCGCCGUAGGCUCACACGGCCACAGCCUGAACAGAGUGUACCCUCGGACCACAUCGAUCUUCUACGCCGACCUGGUAAUGCAAGCGCAGCAGGCUCAUACCACACCCAGAGCUACUUCGCCAACCACUUUGCGAACAUGUACCCAGCUGCGCGUACAUCUCCAUCCAAUGCGGCUGUGACGCCGCCAAAUGAGCUACCAGUGAACGACACAGAGAUACAGCGAAGACGCAUGUCCGAUCUACUACACAAGCCCGAGUCUCACGUAUCCCCAGCCACAAGCCCGUUCAACCGCAUCGACUUCAACUUGGACGAGACAGAAUCGCCAAUCAAUGGUUACUACGCCCCUGUUGCCACGACCAACCUAUCGACUCGCUCCUUUGGUAACUCGGCAUGGCAUGGACGCAAUGAAAGCUGGACUACCAACGAUUCGCGACGCAAUUCUUCGCGCGAGGAACGACGCCGUGAAAUAGAGUUGGGCAGAUGA